AUGACAGCUCUCGUUCCUGCAACCUUCUCCUUCCUUCUCCUCUGGACCCUGCCAGGGCAGGUCCUCCUCAGGGUGGCCUUGGCAAUAGAGGAAGUCAAAUCUGGGACCGAGGGGUCCCAGCCCAUGUCCCCCUCUGAUUUCCUGGAUAAGCUUAUGGGGCAAACAUCUGGGUAUGAUGCUAGGAUUCGACCCAAUUUUAAAGGCCCACCUGUGAACGUGACUUGUAACAUCUUCAUCAACAGUUUUGGCUCUGUCACCAAGACUACUAUGGACUAUCGGGUGAAUGUCUUCUUGCGGCAACAGUGGAAUGACCCGCGCCUAGCUUACCGAGAAUAUCCUGAUGACUCUUUGGACCUUGAUCCCUCUAUGCUGGAUUCUAUCUGGAAGCCAGACCUGUUCUUUGCCAAUGAGAAAGGGGCCAACUUCCAUGAGGUGACCACAGACAACAAGUUACUGCGCAUCUUCAAGAACGGGAAUGUGCUCUACAGCAUCAGGCUGACCCUCAUUUUGUCCUGCCCAAUGGACCUCAAGAACUUCCCCAUGGACAUCCAGACAUGCACCAUGCAGCUGGAGAGCUUUGGCUACACCAUGAAUGACCUCGUGUUUGAGUGGCUGGAAGAUGCUCCUGCUGUCCAAGUGGCUGAGGGGCUGACUCUGCCCCAGUUUAUCUUGCGAGAUGAGAAGGAUCUAGGCUACUGUACCAAGCACUACAACACAGGGAAAUUCACCUGCAUUGAGGUAAAGUUUCACCUGGAGCGGCAGAUGGGCUACUAUCUGAUUCAGAUGUACAUCCCCAGCCUACUCAUCGUCAUCCUGUCCUGGGUCUCCUUCUGGAUCAACAUGGAUGCCGCCCCUGCCCGUGUGGGCCUAGGCAUCACCACUGUGCUCACCAUGACCACUCAGAGCUCUGGCUCCCGGGCCUCUUUGCCUAAGGUGUCCUACAUGAAGGCAAUCGACAUCUGGAUGGCUGUGUGCCUGCUCUUCGUGUUUGCUGCACUACUGGAGUACGCUGCUGUCAAUUUUGUCUCUCGUCAGCAUAAGGAAUUCAUACGACUUCGAAGAAGGCAGAGGCGCCAACGCAUGGAGGAAGGUAUCAUCCAAGAAAGUCGCUUCUAUUUCCAUGGCUAUGGCCUGGGCCACUGCCUGCAGGCAAGGGAUGGAGGUCCAAUGGAAGGUUCUGGCAUUUAUACCCCCCAACCUCCAGCCCCUCUUCUAAAGGAAGGAGAAACCAUGCGGAAACUCUACGUGGACCAAGCCAAGAGGAUUGACACCAUCUCCCGGGCUGUCUUCCCUUUCACUUUCCUCAUCUUCAACAUCUUCUACUGGGUUGUCUAUAAAGUGCUACGGUCAGAAGAUAUUCACCAGGCACUGUGA